AUGGAUCCUUCAAGACAACUUAAAACUCAACAGCAGAAACGCUUCCAUGGACGCAUGGACCCUCUCCGCUGGAAUCCUUCUCCGCCGGUUCCAGCUCCAACUCCAACCGAUAAGAGUGAUGCCAUCAGCACCGAUCUCGAGAAGGAAUUGACUUGUUCCAUCUGCACAUCCAUAUUCCACCAUCCCGUCACCCUGCUCGACUGUCUACACUCAUAUUGUGGUUCUUGUGCUAAGGAAUGGUUCACAUCCGCUCCUUCAAAUCAACAAGGUGGUUCCUACCCUGUGUCGAAGGGAUGUCCGACAUGUCGACAAUCCGUUCGGGCUAUCAAGCCUUCACCACACUUGGCUUCCAUAACCGAGAUGUUUAUCAAACACAAUCCUCAACAUGCUCGGGAUCCGGAGGAAAUCACUAAGUUGGCCAAGGUUUAUACUCCUGGCGACAGGAUUAUUACAGACCGAUCACCCGGUGAUAGCAGAAAUCGUAGUCUUUCAAGUCUUUCCAAUCGCAGGGCUGGGGAAGGCUGGUGGGAUGCUUGGGUUGACGACAACAACGAAGGAGACGAGGAACAGUUCUACGCAGCCAUCAGCGCUAGUCUGAGGGAUCUGAUACCAAGAGCUACGACUGGGUUCGCCACGCCCUCUUCAUCGAUUAGUGGCCAUGCUGGGACUUCCUCGGGAAGCGGUAGUCAUUUGACUGGGAUUUCUGCUAUUCGUCGUCCGACCUUUCUUACCACUGCCCUGCCACCAGCCCACGCUGUAGUCGUUGAUACACCUCAGGUCAAUUGCGAUCACUGCGGCAAUUCUCAUAUCGGAUCACACGUUCAUUAUCAUUGCAAUAUUUGCCGGGAGGAUGAUUUCGAUAUGUGCCAUGGUUGCUUCUCGCGUGGAGAACGUUGUCCAGGACGCCACGAGAUGAUCUCGAGAAAGUUUAAUACAGAUAAUGGGGUCAUGGAGAAGGGGAUAUUUUGCGAUACACAGACUUGCAGGAAGAUGUGCAAUGAGAUCUUUUGGUCUUGUUCGACUUGUACUACCUCUACUGGAACAUAUAAGUACUGCCCCGAAUGUGUCAACAGCGCUGCAUCCUGCAAUCAUGAUCUCGUAGCAUUUAGCGCUAGUGCUCAGACCUUACGUCGAUUUGGUCUUGGAUCAUUUCCCCACCGCCAGGGAUUCCAUACCACACACGAACUUGUUCAGCCAGCACCUGUUUCGGUAACCACCCGCUGCGAUCUUUGUUCUGAGCAAAUUGCUCCAUCGACGACAUAUUUUCAUUGCCGAUCUUGCCAUGACGCGGACUGGGACUGUCAUACAUCCUGUCUGUCUCACUAUCUACCCCGAAAUUCGGACGGGAUUGCGAAGUGCCUAGCGCACCAUCCUCUACAGGCAUUGAUUCAAGUUCAGAUGCCUGAUGCAAGGAACCCGACACACUUCGUGAGGAGGGCUUUGCCAACUAAUACAGCUUUUAAUGGGUCCAUUAACGAGACCAGAUCCAUCUAA